AUUUAUUUAUUUAUUUUGCAAAUCAAAGUAAUUACCAAAUUAUGUUGCAAAGUGCUUUGAAUUUUUUAAAUUUGAUUUGGAGUAAUUCUGUCAAACUGUCAUGUUUUAUAAGAACAGAGUGAAAAAAAAAUCAAAGCAAGUCUUUUGAGGCAUGUAAGAAAAAAAAAGUUAAAUUUUCAAACAACUUCAGAUUUAUUAACAUUUAUUGAUGGAACCAUGCAGCAUGACAAAAAGCUGAGUUAUUCCUUUAUUAGAACCUCUGGUUGAAGUAAAGUCCACAUUAUAAUACAUUUGUAGCCUUAUUCAUUGUGUUUAUAAAAGGGUAAUAUGCUGUUUAAUGCAAAAAACAUUAAGAUGAGGGAAAAAAUAUUUAUUUCUCUGAUAGUGUAGCUCAUUUGAUUCUGGGACAGGAGGGGGUGGGUGGUGGGGUUGCCUUUUUAGGAGACACCUGAUCACAGCUCCACUCACCACCACCUCCACCCGACACGAUGAGGCUCAUACUGCAGCUCUUUCACGUUACAACAUUCGAGGAGMGCUUUGAGGAUGGAACACCGGUGGAGCUGAGAAAGGUGUUAAAAUGUUUUGGAUUAAAUCGACCAAAAAGAAGUGUUAAAAUCCAAGACCUCCCCUCUGAAGUCUUUUAUUUAUUUAUUUUUGAGUCGGGUGAUCUCGUGAAGGAAACCUAAUCAUGGAGAAGUUCAAAGCAGCCAUGGUUCUGGGUGCCGCCGGUGACRCUUUGGGCUACAGAAAGGGUCGAUGGGAAAGCUGCACAUCAGGGAAGAAGAUCCAGGAGGAACUGGUCUCUCUGGGGGGACUGGAGGCUCUGAAACUGGACCCGGAUCACUGGCCCCUGAGUGAUGCAUCGCUGAUGCACAUGACCACAGCCGAAGCACUAAUAACAGAUUACUGGUGUCUGGAGGACCUGUACAGGGAGUUGGUGCGUGUCUAUGUCGAAGCCAUGGUGUCUCUCCAGGGACGAGCCCCAGAUCCGUCCACGGUGGAAGCUUGUGUUCACCUCAAACCUCACAACUUCCUGCUGGCCUGGCACACGCCUUUUAACGAGAAGGGGUCGGGGUACGGAGCAGCAGCUAAAGCCAUGUGUGUCGGGAUGAGGUACUGGCAGCCUGAGAGAAUAGAAAACCUGGUGGAGGUUAGCAUCGAGACGGGCAGAAUGACCCACAACCACCCAACAGGCUUCCUCGGCUCCCUGACCACAGCGCUGUUUGCUUCGUACGCCAUCCAGGGGAAGCCUGUGGUGACGUGGGGCCGCGAGCUCAUGAAGGUCAUCCCUCGAGCAGAAGAGUACUGCAGGAAAACCAUACGACACAUGGCAGAGUAUCAGGAGAACUGGUUUUACUUUGAGGCUAAGUGGCAGUUUUACCUCGAAGAGCGCGACAUCGAGAAGGAGGGACAAAACCAGCCUUUGUUUCCAGAUCGUUACGAUGCUGAGGAGAUGGAUAAAACGUACAAACGUUGGAGUUCGGAGGGCCGUGCGGGCCGCAGAGGUCAUGACGCUCCCAUGAUCGCGUACGACGCCUUACUGGCUGCAGGAAGUGACUGGGCCGAACUGUGCAAACGGGCCAUGUUUCAUGGAGGUGAGAGCGAAGCCACAGGCCUGAUCGCAGGUUGUCUCUUCGGCCUCCUGCACGGCCUGAGCCCGGUCCCCCAGAACCUGUACCAGGAUCUGGACAAGAGAGGGCGGCUGGAGGAGCUGGGAGAAGCCCUGUACAAGGCUGCGUCUGCAGAGAAAUGCACAGACAAACCAGAUUCAAUGAAAACCAGGAUCGACCCUGAUGCCUGUAAGAUGAGGAAACUAAUUAGAGACCCAAAAUGCAGACCGGUGCUUCGAGGGAUUCUGGAGAGUCUCCUACAAUACCUAACCGAGGACCUGGGCAAGAGGACUCCCAGAAGAGCCGACGGUCCUGAUCUACGAAGACAGACUUGUGUGAAGCCAACAAAAACCUCUGAGAGUAAAUUUCCAAAGUCCGGAGGAGCAAAAGACCCAAAAUCCCGACGGCUCACCUCAUUCCAGCUGCUCCAGUCAAAGUUCUUAAAGUCCUCACCCAAACCCUUCAUCUCACAUCAGAGAGAGGUGGGAACUCUGUCCUCCUGCAGAGCGGCGCCUCGUCAGGACGAAGACACCAAAAGAGACGGCAGAGAUCGAACAAAAAGAGCACAAGGCCCGAACAGGCGGAGCAGCGUGAAGGAAAUCGUUGCCAAGUUCGCCGUGGCUGAGCGGAAAGAACAAGAACUGAAAACCCAGGAGAAAGAACCGAAACUCGCCGGAAGAGGGAUCCUCCUGAGCUCGUUGGUGAAGACGUUUGAGAACGUGGCCACGGUUCACAAGAAAAGUAACUUCAAGUUUUCACACGAGAAGCUUCCCGGAGGUGUUCCGUCUGCAGUCAGAGAGACRGUGGCUCGUCUGGAAGGAGAGAAACCACGAGCGUCGGAUCGAACCGUCGAUUCUCUGAAGCAGACAAAAACAACUGGUCGAGAACCGGGAUCAGGUGGCGCAGAGGACGUUUUCACAAAACUGAACUGUGCAGAAGAAACAGAUCCUACGGCGCGAGAGAUCUGCAGUUCGUCAAAUCAAGCUUCAGCAGGUUUCAGUGGAAUCCAGACCAGGUCUAACGAAGCUGAAGCUCCUGCAAAAACACUCAAAAAUGGACGUCAGGAGCUGCUUUCUUCUGCCUCUGUGUCCGAGUGGUCGCCACUAGAACCUCGCACAGUUCUUCUGCAAGAAGAGCUUCCACUGAUCUGGAACGUGGCCACCAUCGUGACUUGCUCACCAGUCCAGUCCAGGUGUGUAGCCUCCUCUCCUGAGGAACAUCUAUGGGAGGCUUCUGAAAGUCCAAACCUGGACAAGAGAACUGAUGGUCCAUGUAAAGACCUGGAAUCAUCUUCCAGGUCUUGUUCGCCGGUCAUUAAAAGUCCAAACCAGGACAAGAGAUCAGAUGAUCCAUUUGAAGAACCUGAAUCGUAUUCCAGGACCUGCUCAGCACUUCAGUUCUCUCCAGUGCAACAUCUACAGGAGGCUUCUGAAAGUCCAAACCUGGACAAGAGAACUGGAAAAACCACAGCUGAUCCAUGGGACAUGCUGGAAUCAUCUUCCAGGACUUGCUCACCAGUCCAGUCCAGGUGCGUAGACACCUCUCCUGAGGAACAUCUACGAGAGGCUUCUGAAAGUCCAAACCUGGAAAAGAGAACAAGGAAAACCACAGGAGAUCCAUAUGAAGACCUGGAAUCAUCUUCCAGGACUUGCUCACCAGUCCAGUCCAGGUGCGUACACACCUCUCCUGAGGAACAUCUACGAGAGGCUUGUGAAAGUCCAAACCUGGGCAAGAGAACAAGGAAAACCACAGGAGAUCCACAUGAAGACCUGGAAUCAUCUUCCAGGACUUGCUCGUCAGUUUGGUCCAGAUGUGUAGACUCUGGCAAGAGAACAGAAGAUCCACCUGAAGACCUGGAAUCCUCUUCCAGGGGAUCAGCUGCAGGCGAAUCCUUCAUAAAAACACCGGAAACUACGGUGAAACCAAGUGAAGCUUCAGGAAGUGACGACUCAAAUCUCAGAGUGACGGAUCCACGAGGGCUUUCUGUCCUGUGUCAGAUUAGUCCUUCCUCUCAAUCAGAACAAACUCAUCUCACUAAAAACCUGCAGUCACCUCAUAACAAUAAUGAUCUUGGUACCGUUUUAAAAACUUUAGAGCAUCUUCAAGACGUUGGCUCGAACAGUUCUUGCUAUAUUAGCAAACCUGGAACAACUAAAGAGAAAUCAUCUGAAGAAAACGUCUCAGAAGCCGUAGAAAGGGGAAAAGGUUUGAAAAAUGGUGAUUUAGGGAUGCCACAAAGCUUUAGACUUUCUGUAGAACCCACCAGCAACGGUGCGUUCAAAGACCGUGGGUUAUCGGUGACUCGGUUUCAACCUGAAAGAGACGUCAAACAAAAACCCAAGUACACAACCAUCAACUACGGGGAUCCUUCUGUCAAACAAACUUAUAAACCCAAAACAAUACGAUUCACAGACACCUUUAAUUUCUAGGCCGAAGCAGGAAGUCACAGUUUUUUUUUUACCGUUCUUCAACAAAUAAAAUAAAAUAAAAUAAAAUAAAUAAAUAAACAAACAAUUAUUAGGGGCUCUGCCUCCAUUUGUUUGAAUGGCAAAACCUCAAAAAUGAUCUGUAUCUUUUUACUCUUCCGAGAAAAUUAAUGCGACCCAAACGGUAAAGUGAAGUGUACCCACACAAAUUUUAUAUUGAAACAACCAUCUCUGCCCGGUGAUCUGUGCUGUUACUUUUAGUGGAGUUUCAAAUUACCAUGGCGAGGUAAAUCRCAAAAAUCUAAAUACAUAUUUACGUCAUGAAUUGUUCAUUAAGGUGAGAGUUUUGAAUGUAAAAUAAACACUCACCGGCCACUUUAUUAGUACACCACGCCAGUAACGGGUUGGACCCCCUUUUG